AUAAAAUAUUUAUUGUUUCGUUUUAUUUAAAAAAAAAAAAUAUUAUUUAAACUGUUUUUUUUGACAAUCAAUUGAUCCAUACAUUUGAACGGACAGUUAGUUUUUGAAGAAAAAAUAAAAUGGUUUUCCGUAUUGUCUAUCGGCUUAUCUACGGCUUUAUCGGCAACGAUCGGGUGGUCGAACGGUUAGCCCAGUCAACAAUUAUUCGCCGAUCGGCACAAUUGACUGCCCGUUGGCUGACCAGAGGUCGACAGGCAGUCGAAGAUAGUAUUGGCGGAGAUGUCCGCAACAAACAAGAAGUUAUCGAUGAUCUCAGACGACGGACAGCUAACGAUACGGGAAUUUUUGGCCGAUUUGUCCAUCGAUUUCGACGCGAACUUAAAGACCAGUUUACCGAAGCAAAGGAAGAGUUGGGUCAGAGAAGACAUAGAAGAUAACAGACAGACAGUCAUCGAUUGAUAGACAGAUAGGAUGGGUUGGUAUCGGUUAUUAUCGGUGAUUGUGUCCAAUCACUGAUAGUUUUUUUUGUGGACAACUCUAACUAAUCGUUUUAUUGGUUUUUUUCGGGACAUUUUUG